AUGGAGAACCUGACUUCUCAGGAUCCGCCGCGAAUGCUGACGAUCCUUGGAAGCGAGCAGGAAAGAAGCACUACCGCCGAUGGACCCGCGUCCUUGCUGGAGAGGCUCGUGGCUGCGGCGCUGACGAAGUUCGAGUUGUCACAGUGGGGCUUGAUGGUGUACGAGAUUUUGCAGGGGCUAGAGAAGCAGUUCGACGUCGACGAUGCAGCCGCAGCUGCUAAAGUAAUCAUGCCCAACGAUCUAAAUGCUGCAAUGAAGACCUUCAGGAAGGCUGUGCCUCAGCUCCAAAGUCCCUUGAACAACGAAGAGCUGGAAGAGGUUAUCAUGGAGCUCCGGCGCAUCCACAGCAUGGUCUUUGAAAAAUGCACCAGGAACUCCCAGGGCAAGGCACACCUGGCCUUCCAGCCGGUCAUCUCCUGGAAGGCAUUUCAGGAGUGUCUGCUUCUCGAAGACCUGCCGAGUUAUUCGGCCGGCCGUGUGGCCUUAAAUCUCUUUGCAGUGCAGCAGGCGCUGCUGGGAGAUGCGAUCCCAACAACGGGGGCCACCAAAGCCUUGCUGACGGCGUACCAGGAAGCUCAGAAGCCCUCCAAGCCCAAAACUCGCUGGGUGAGCGUGGUGUCCUUCAUGUCCACAGCGUCAAUCAUCCUCAGUUUUGCUUUAAUGGGGCUGUCGCUGGACAACUGGCCAGAUUGGGUUGGCUGGAUGAUUUUUGAGGCCGUGUUUGCAACCGUCUUCGUCCUGGAGAUUGUCGUCAAAUGCGUGGUGCUCAGUCCUCGGGAGUAUGCCUGCGGAUCCGACAGAUAUUGGAACUGGCUGGAUGUUGGGCUGACUCUCGUUGCAGUCAUCGAGCUUUUUCUGAACAUUAUCUUCCAGAAUGCAUCGCGGGCGAAAAUAAUAUUGAUUCUUCGUGGCCUUCGCCUCGCCAGAGUGGCCCGUCUGGCCAAAUUGAUCAACAUGCCUCUGCUGCAAGAGCUUGCAAACAUUGUUUCAGGCUUCCUCAUCAGCGUGAAAUCUCUUUUUUGGGUCGUCAUGACGCUUUCCGUGGUUGUGUACGUCUGUGCGCUGGCGCUGCGGUCCUUGGUCCAAAGUUUCGCGGACCCCGACACGCUUGAGAAGUGCGGCAGCGCUGACAACGUGGACAUGGAUGCUGACGCAUUGGGGCCGGAGUGCCCGUACAGAGGCAAACUGCAUCUGAUAUACGGAGAUGAGUACUGCGGCAACGUAUCCAGAUGCAUGUUCUCCAUCUUCCGAUGCAUGAUUGGCGACUGCACAUCAGCAGGUGGCAGAUCGUUGACUAUGAUCUUCAGCAACGGCUUUGGUCUUCGGUUUGAUAUCCUCUACGCCUUCAGCAUGGUCUGUGUCCUCUUUGGUCUCUUCAACAUCAUCACAGCCAUCUUUGUGGAAGCGACGUUGAAUGGCCUAAAGGAGACCGAGACCCAGCGAAAGUACGCCAAGGCGUAUGAGACAAGCUACAUGACUGAGCAGCUGGCAAAGCUGGUGGUUUGCGUGGCGAGUCAGACGGAGAUGAUGCGAGCCAGGACUGGAGGGAAUCAUCGGAAGUAA